GACAUCAGCGUUGGGUUACUCUCUGCUUCUCUCUCUGCUCCAGUGUCGUCAGAGGUGAGACUAACAUGGAAUAAACUAAAACAUCUCCUCCAUGUCAAUCCCAGCAGACACGGUAUUGUACGGAUAUGAUUCGAGCCUGAGAAAGAAAUCCAUAAACCAGCCAGUAUGGAGACUCUGAAUUCCUCCAAAACCACCAACAUCAGCAGCGAUGAUAAUGGCAGCCUCUUCUCUGCAAGCCCGUACUCGACCGUGGAGAUUGUACUCAUCAUCCUGGUGGCCGGAUCCCUAAGUCUGUUCACUGUCAUUGGAAACAUCCUGGUCAUGCUCUCUAUAAAGGUAAACAGGAACCUGCAGACUGUCAACAACUACUUCCUGUUCAGCCUGGCCUGUGCAGACCUCAUUAUUGGCCUCUGCUCCAUGAACCUCUACACAGUCUACAUUGUGAUUGGCUACUGGCCCCUGGGAGCUGUGGUGUGCGACCUGUGGCUGGCGGUUGAUUAUGUUGUCAGCAACGCUUCAGUCAUGAACCUGCUCAUCAUCAGUUUCGACCGUUACUUCUGUGUCACAAAACCGCUCAGCUAUCCAGCGCGUCGCAGCACCAAGAUGGCGGGUCUGAUGAUUGCUGCGGCCUGGGUCUUGUCCUUUGUCCUGUGGGCCCCGGCCAUUUUGUUCUGGCAGUUCAUAGUGGGGGGGAGAACCGUGCCGCCAGGUGAAUGCUACAUUCAGUUCUUCUCAAACCCUGCAGUGACGUUUGGGACAGCCAUCGCAGCAUUUUACCUACCGGUGGCCAUCAUGAUCUACCUUUACUGGCGCAUCUCCAAGGCCAGCCGCAGCCGCGUGAAGAGGAACACUAGGAAGCCGUCAGGGGCCAGUCUGGGGGAGGGCCCCUCUCACAGCCAGGAAGAUGGAUGUCACAACAACGGCAUCACAACUGGAGAUGCUCAGGUGGAGGGUGAGGAUGGUAAGGAGAAGGAAAUGCUGCAGCAGCAGAAUGGAAACGGGCGCAGUCAUGAAGAAAGAACCGAUCAGGCAGACUCCACAGAAGACGGGAACCACGCUUCAACGUCUAAAGACACUGCUGUCCCUGCUUCAUCUCAGAAAUGUUCAUAUGGUGAGAAAAAGACAAACCAAACUCAGCCACCUUCUCCUGAGAACUCGGCCGCUGACAGACAAAGUCUGACCGCAAGGAACCUGUUUAAGGUGACAAAGCAGAGUGCUGUGGCAAAGUGGAAAAGGAAGGGUGUUUCUUCCAGGGAGAAAAAGGUGACGCGCACCAUUAUGGCCAUCCUGGUUGCUUUUGUAGCCACAUGGACGCCAUACAACGUCAUGGUGCUGAUCAACACCUUUUGUACCAUCUGCAUCCCAAACUCACUGUGGACCAUCGGCUACUGGCUCUGCUACAUCAACAGCACCAUCAACCCAGCAUGCUACGCCCUCUGCAACACGACCUUCAAAAACACCUUCAAGCACCUGCUCCUGUGCCAGUACAAAAACAUACGAACAGCACGAUGAAGGCCAACAAGCUUACUCGUGUUAGUAAUAAAACUAGUGAACCGAGAUGACACCAAUGUUAGGGUGAACGUUGUUAAUAUAUCAAGGUUUUCUUAUCCAUUCUGUGCAAUCUGUUUCUAUUUAAAAUUGUACAACUGCCAUUACGUCAAAUUGUACCACACAACUUAUUUUAAAACUAUGUUUUUUGUAUUAUAGUUCUUAAGGAAUUCUUGAGGGGGAUAUGGUGUAUUGUAAAAAUGUACAUUUGAGUGACUUUUUGGCUUUUAUAUUUUCCUCUUUGCUCCACCAACACAAGCUUGUGCAGUAUGUUGUUUAACAUGCAACCUCUUUUUACCCCGACAGUAAAAUUGUGGUUAAUGUGAUAGUUUUUUGGACAAAGCAGUGAUAUUUAUAAAGUCUAGUGUAAAAAGAAGAUAAUAUACCAUAGAAAAAUAAACCGUAUUAUUGACAUAAAUCAUUUGUGCAGUAAAAAAUCUGCAUAAAAUGAACAAUCUGAAUGACAGCUGUAAAUUGUUGUGUGUGUGUGUGUGUGUGUGUGUGUGUGUGUGUGUGUGUGUGUGUGUGUGUGUGUGUGUGUGUGUGUGUGUGUGUGUGUGUGUGUGUGUGUGUGUGUGUGUGCUUUCUGUCUAGCUAGAUUUGUCAUAUGAAGAUAAUGACAUCCGUGAACCAUGUUGUUGUGAAAUGAGCCCCACUGUAGUGAUAUCUCUCCAUAGUACCCCUCUUUCAUGUACAAAUACAUGUUAUACAAAAAUAAAAGAGAUAAUAACAUA